CUGAAUAUUAAGAAUGAGGAGUCGUCUUUCGAUGAAUUCAAUGGCGACGGUGAAUCGUCCCAACAUACUGACGUUGUUGGCAUUCCCAGCGAUGAUGACUGCGCUGGAAGCCGGCCUCUCCUUGAAGACGAUGCUCUUGAUGAUGACGAAGAAGAGGUUUUCGACGAGGAUUCUUCUCGACAGCUUCAGCAGGUCUCAAAAUCAUUAUUUGUUGACCCGGAUUUGAAUUCAACUGCAUCGCGGAAAUGUACUAACCCUUUCAUGAUUUCUGCUUCCGAUGACACGCCAAAAAUAUCGCCAGUAUUGCCUAACGUUGCUGAUUCACUGAAAUGGCAGGAAUGUGACAGAAAUGUGGCUGCCGGAUAUUAUGAGCCCAGCAAUGUGUCAAGAAUGACCGCCAGCCAACCUAACGAGUUGGUAUGCGGAUUCGCUCCUGCAACUCUUCCUCGUCAAUCUACGCCUCUAACGGCCGUUCCGCGAUUUGCCGCCAAACCCACGGUAGCGAUAGAAUCGCCCUCGAUUCCUUGCCUCACACAGCCGCCACCUGCGGCUUCCACUCGCUCUACAUGUACGGUACAAUACCCCGUUUUGCCCACAACCUCUGUCGCCAAACACGUGGCUUUGCAACCAAAUCCCUCAAAUGAUACUCCCAAAGUCUCACUGGUCGACAGAAAUCAACCCUUCAAUGUGCAGCCCGUGUGCAACGUUUUUGCAGAUAAACAGGAUUCUUAUCCAUCAGCUAGAAAGGUCAGUACUCCCAGUUUUAUCGAGGGUCCAAGGACACCGAAACCGAAAAAGAGCAAGGAUAAGGAGAAGAAACGUUUUGACCUACCCUGCAGCGGAAGUGAAGUGGAGACGGAUGGGAGCGAGGCUGAAAUGUGCAGCAGCACCUCAAGCGACAAGACUAAUAUGUCGAAGAAGAAAAAGAGAUCAUUCCCUCUUCUUGGUUCCAAUCCGUCGGUUGCACCUUUGGAUUUGAAGAUGUCUGGUGCCCCAAGUGCGGCUCUACUAAAAAAAUCAUCAGUGAAGCGGGCUUCCGUUGCCACUUCGUCAUCCCGGAAAUCAAGCGGUGGAGUGCUGAACGCGAGUUUCGUCAACAGCUCAUUUCUUUCGGAAGACCUUGACUCUCCUGCUGCCCCGUCACCACUUCGACUGUGA